AUGAGGAGGCCGGCGGUGGUUGCGGUGGCACUGCUCCUGCUCAUCGCAUGGCAGCCGUCGCCGGGGAGGACGGCGGCCGCGAUGGACGAGCAGGACGACGAUCCACCUGCCCGCAGCCUGCCGCCGCCGGACGAGCAGGACGACGAUCCGCCCACACGAAGCAUGCCGCCGCCGUCAGACGAGCAGGACGACAAUCCGCCUCUGCGAAGCAUGCCGCCACCGCCGUCGGACGAGCAGGAGGACAAUCCACCUGUGCGAAGCAUGCCGCCACCGCCGCCGUCGGACAAGCAGGAGGAUAAUCCAUCCUGGCCUGGGCUUCCAUUGUUGCCGCCGCCGCCCCCGCCGGAGGAGUCCGAUGCGCCAGGAGUACCCUCGCUGCCGGGCUCCAUGCCGCUGCCGCCGCCGCCGCCGGCGGCGGAACCAGCAGCGCCGCCGACUCGCCCACGGCGUGCGCGGCUGCCGCCGAGGCAGGACGAUCCGCCGGAACCUGAGCCGCCGGAGCUGCCUCGCCAUAGGCGGACGCCGAAGGAUCCGACGCCGCCACGGACGGUGGUGCCACCGCAGGAACCGGGGUGGGCCGCGGUGCCGCUGCCGAUGGCACCAAUGCCGGCUCCUGGGAGGCCGAUCAACUACAGCACCACCGGCUGGACGACCAUGCUGGUGUUCGGGGACUCGACGGUGGACCCCGGGAACAACAACCGGCUGCAGACGGUGAUGAGGGCCAACUUCCUGCCGUACGGCGCGGGCUUCCUUGGCGGCAGGCCCACCGGCCGGUUCAGCAACGGCAGGCUCAUCACUGACAUACUCGGUACAGACGCACUCUUCUUCCCUUGCAUCUAUUUCGCUGGUAAAUUAUGCAUGCACAAGGUACCACUGGGCUUCUCUUCCAAUCAAAUGGUGGUGGAGCUCAUGUGCAGCUACAGGAUUGAUGUUUUUGGUCGAAAGCGGAAAGACUAG